UUGAGAACGCAGCUGCCCAACCUUGGCAUCCCGUUAAGCUUUAGUGGAUGCUUUUUUUCUCCCAGCUGUGGCUUUGCCAAAAUGAAUUACCCCCACAGCCCACAUCAGCACUGAGCAAACUAAUGCUAAUGAGCCCUGCAAAGAAGGGGGGUGGGGGGAUGGGACGGGGACCGGACCCAGGUUCAGGCUUACCAAAACUCUUCAGAGACUUUCUAAUGAUCCCCUCUGUGGCAUGAAGCUUCUGAGCCGCUGUUUACUUUGGGGACUUCGAUGUUGAGGGUCGAAGCCAUAAAGAAGCGCUUCAAAUGUAUUGUCGCAGAGAAAAAGCCUCUUAGCUGGCCCAUACAUCUUCCAUACAGUAGAUGUCCCCACUAUCCCGUGCUACCCUCACCGCUAGCUGCUUCGUACCCCCGCCGUGCUGUUGCUCUUCCUUACUGCAGGGUUUGCUCUCCAUCCAGCAGGCAUGCCGUGCUGAUACGUGGUGAUAUGGCUGAAGGGAACAGCACGGUGGUGAGUCAGUUCAUCCUGCUAGGACUGACAGGUGAGCCCGAGCUGCAGACUCCUCUCUUCAUAGUGUUCUCAGUGAUUUAUCUCGUCACCCUGCUGGGUAAUGUUGGGCUGAUCACAGUGAUCACGACGAGCCCCCAGCUGCACACUCCCAUGUACUUCUUUCUCUGCAAUCUGUCUGUUGUUGAUCUUUGCUACUCUUCUGUCUUUUCUCCAAGGCUGCUCAUUGGUUUCUUGCUGGAUAAUAAAACUAUUUCCUACUCCGCUUGCUUCACCCAGCAUUUCUUUUUCCUUGUGUUUGUGACCACAGAGGUGUUUUUGCUGGCCGUGAUGGCAUAUGACCGCUAUGUUGCUAUUUGCAACCCCUUGCUCUACACUAUUUCCAUGCCCAGUUGUCUCUGCAUGAAGCUGGUGGCUGGCUCGUACCUGGGGGGUGUUCUGAACUCACUAACCCAGACGUGCUGCUUGCUGCCCUUGCCAUUCUGCGGCCCCAAUAUCAUCAACCAUUACUUCUGUGACACCAACCCUCUGCUGAAACUCACCUGCUCUGACAGCCACCUCAACGAGCUUCUGCUCGUCACCUUCAAUGGGACCAUUUCCAUGACUGUGCUCCUCAUCGUCGUCAUCUCAUAUGUAUACAUUAUCAUAUCCAUCCUGAGCAUCAGGUCUGCCAGGGGACAGCACAAAGCCUUCUCCACUUGUGCCUCCCACCUGCUGACCGUCACCUUGUUCUACGUGCCUGCUGGCCUCAGCCACAUGCAGCCAGGCUCCAAGUACUCAAUGAACAUGGAGAAAGUCACGGCGGUGUUUUACACCUUGCUUGUUCCUAUGCUCAACCCUCUGAUCUACAGCUUGAGGAAUAAGGAAGUCAAAGAAGCGCUCAGGAGAGUAAGAGGGAAAAUAUUCACUCAAGCUUCUCGCUGCAUACUCUGACUCUGUUACUCAGCAGUACGUCCCCUGCCCUUGGUUGCAUUUCUCUUAGGAAAACCCUGGUCUACAAAGCUGCCUUUUGUAAGACAUACAGUUAAUUCACUUUUGUGUUUAAGCGUGGCAUCGUGGCUGUACCAGAAUUUACAUAGUUUGUGAAAGGCAAAGGAUGUGUCUUAAUUUAACAUUAAAAAACCUUUCUGCCAACUGUUUUCCUCAUGGCAUCUCUCAUCCCAGGCAACAAGCUGUUAACUCCGGUUGAGGUUGAGGUCCAAAUCCAUUAACAGCAUUAAGAAUGUUAAUUCUUGUUCGGUACUUUAAGUCAAUAUGAGGUGAAUACUCUCUGAGAAGA